CUGGAGGAAGAAAUUUGUCUUUGUAUUCAGUUUAAGAGGUGCAACAGCAUGUUAAGUGUCUAAUCUGUUUGUAAGGAAUUUAAGAUCCGUUUCGACAGAUAUUCAUAAUGAGGAGAGUUUUCACCCUUUGCCUUGUGAUCAUGCUGUUUUACCCUGUGUUAUCCUGUGAAGACGAAACACAUUAUAUGAAGGGAGAUAAAUGCUGCAAGAUGUGUGGGCCAGGUAAGAGGAUGAUGCUGGAUGAUAAUUGUCAAGACCCCCGCUGUCAAGAUUGUCAAAUCGGCGAGUAUCAGAGCGGCUAUACACGCGAGACCAAAUGUGAUCGUCAACCAAGCUGUGACCCCAAUUUACACUUUCUGCAACAAACCUUUCCCAGUAAGACCGAACUAAGCAAGUGCCAGUGCAAACGUGGGUACUACUGCUCAGCAGAGGAUGAGUGCAGCACUUGUAGGAAACAUGCAGUUUGCCGUCCAGGACAGAGAAUUGUACAAAAUGGUACAUCAAUAAGUGAUACUUUGUGUACAGCAUGUAAAAUUGGAACAUUUUCCCCCCAUCAUUCAGCGGACAACUGCUAUGAAUGGAAAACAUGUGACCCUGGAUAUGUUGAAGGCACUCCUGGCAGUUUAACAUCAGACAGGACCUGUGAGAUGGCUACACGCUCUAACAGAACUGCCAUUUUGGUGGUAAUGUUAUUAUGCCUGGUGUUAAUCGUCGCAGCUGCAUUAAUGUUUUGCAUUAGAAAACGUAAAAUGAGAAGCAAUACGGGCACACAUGGUAAAGAAAUAAUGAAGUAUGUGGAUAAUCAAGAUGUUACGGAGAGACAGGACCGGCCAAUUAUUCAACAACCUCAGGAGGACACAGACAUCAGUGAACCUGUGAGCCCCUCGCCCAGUAACAUGACUGAAAAUGGAAAUGUUGUAGUACAAGAAGAUGGCAAACAUUCUAUCAGUCCAAGUUCUGAAACCUAUCCAUCUGUAGGGAACGCAUUCUUUUAAGCACAGAAAUCUGUUCUCCCAGCAUGACACAAUCCUCAACACAUAAAGCAUUAUGCUAUAAAUGACUGCAAUUCUCUACUGUUCCUAAGUACCGUAGAACAAACUAUCAUUUCACAAUUUUCACAUUACUAAUAAUUUGUUUUGGAGUAUUAAAGGUUUUAUGUUGGGGGCUGAAACUGUAGCACCUUUGCAUGAGCUUUGUUUUUGCAAACAUGAACUGUAUGUGAAUGACACUAUGGCUGAAAGCGUUUGCCGUUGCAGUUCCACUAGCAUCCCGUAAUUGUUACGAAAUGCUGCUGCGACCUAGAAACACAAUAAAUACAAGUAGAAAUAAAAAGCAAUCAAAACAAUUCUGAAACAACAACAAAAAUGGAAAAAGUGAUGCAUUGUAAUGCCAUUUAAGGGGUUGUUCAGCUAGCAUAGCCUCCAUGCUCACAUUAACUGAAAUUAGCUGUCAGCCUCAAAGUAGGUGGAGCACCUACCGAUGAGGUGGACUAAUAGCAGUACAAAGGUGAUUAGCAGUUUUCCUGAAAAUUCAUGCUGGCGAGCGGUUACGAACUACCAAAGCGAACUCAAAAGUGCGUUCUUUUGAGAAAGCUAGCUGCAGGCAUAGCUCCAAAACUCAAGUGGGGGGGGAGCGCGGUGCACAAACUAACGCAGGGCUAGUUGUAACACACGUGGUCUAAAUGUUUCCACACACGCUAGUCAGACGAAACUUGGUUUGUUUAAUUGUUGACAUAUUAACACUGUGUAGUUAAAAAAUAUUGCGGAAAAAUGUAAAACACUUUGUAAGAUAUCGCCAAUUGUUCAUUUUAAAGUAACAAAAUUAAAAUCAAUUUUCAUCUCUGUUUUUAUUGUUUAGGCAAACUUUGUAUCAUUUUAAUCUCCAGUCUUUUAGCUAGCAUCUUACAUAGUCUUGUAUUUCUCAGAUAGCCAGCAGACAUGACAAGCCAGGUUUAAAUCCCUGUUGUGCCGACAAGGCACGUUGUAACACUUUCAGAUAUAUAAUUUACAGAAUUUCCUUUAAUGCGUGUGUGUGUGUGUGUGUGUUUUUUGUCGUCAGUCCAUGCAUUAUUUCGGUCAGUGCUGUGGCUUUUUUGUGUAUUUAUUGUCAAGUGUCACAAUUAAUUUGUUAUAUUAUACAUGACAAAGUUAAUAAAUGGCUUUUAUUGACAUGAAAAUUGUGUUUAUCUUCUAGGCUUUUAAUUAGAUCAGAUACAGUUGUUAGAGGGGUUUUUUAAGCCAUUAUAUGGUGUUGUUAAAACAUGCCCCAUAGGUGGGGCUCACUUUCUUUUUUUGAAUACAUGGAACCCCAGGGACAUUUACAGAAACUUAAGAAAACCAAAAAGUGUUAGCUUGUGCCCGUCUCCCCUGCUUGCUCGUGUUUAAAACAGUACAUUGAAUUUAGGAUUGAACACUUUAAAUAAUAAAAAUUGAUGAAUGUCGUAAAAAAAUGUUUGUUUGUUUGCACAAAUGAGUGUUUGUGUGUAUUUUAUACUUGUUAUGUGCUCAAGCUGCUGUUAUGUAAAGUAAACAUUUCCGUUGUACAUUACAUUAAAUAUUACGUUAACGAGAGCACUCGUAUUUUCUAGCGAUAUAUUACAGACUUCUGUAAAGCUAACUUUUUGCUGAUUAAAUUAGUUGUGUAUAAAUUUUCCCGUGCAUCUGUCUGUAAAUAUUCACCUCUAAAUAAUUCACUUAUGAUGUGUGAAAGAUCCAGAUCCAAUAUCUUUCUGAGAAACAACAGACAAUUGUGAUGGUGUGAAACUGGAUUUUUUUCCUCAUUAAAAAAGUUGAACUCUAAAGACAUGAAUUGUUCUUUUGCAAUAUAUGCUGGAAAUCAUGACCACUCACAUUAUAAUGAAGACUAGUCAUAUCAGUAACAGGGUCCGCGCAUGGGGGCUGCCAUGUUAGAAUCAUAUGACCAGCCGAAUACUGCUCAUUUAAUCUCAGUAACUGUCCUGUUGUUUGACACUUUCACUCGUGAUAAAGUAAUCAAUCCUGACUGAAUACAUUUCUACAAUGGCAUCUGAAACUGAAAACUAUUGAUUUUAAAUUAUGCUGCUUCCAAGCUGCUAGGUGUCAGUGUAAGUCAUAGAUGACACAAAGACAAAAGUUACUGAGUGCACAUUUAAUAUUAAUCACUCUUGCCUAUAGAAGAGGAGGAAUUGUGAAAUAUUAUUUGCUGCGAUCUGCUAUUGUCACUCAACGUAUGCCAUGCUAUCGUUCAGGUAGAACUAUUCUUUUGACUAUUCUAUUCUUUAGCUUAACUAAAAUAUUCCAGAAAUGUCUCACUUUCUUAGUAAGCCAAAAAUUCUAGAAGAACUUGAUGUUAUUACCGAAAAUAUAAAUAUAUCCUUCUCCAGCACUCUUGAUAGUGUGCCCCCUCUCAGAAUCUCAGAAACUCAUCUUAAUAUUAUGAAAGCUUUCUAUCCUUGUCCUAAGAAACAUUAAAAUGGCAGUUAUUAAACUGUUAUUUAGGCCUCAUCAUAGUACAGAGACUGCCCUUAUUAGAGUUACAAAUGGCUUGCUCUUAUCAUCUGAUCACGGCUGCAUUUCACUUCUAGAGCUUUUUGAUCGUAGUGCUGCAUUCGACAUCAUAGAUCAUGACAAUCUCUUGAAUAGGCUGGAGAGUUAUGUUGGCAUCUGUGGACUUGCAUUAGCAUGGUUUAGGUCCUAUUUAGCAGACCGCUACCACUUUGUCUGUGUAAAUGAGGAAUUGUCAAUUUAAACAAAAGUUAAGUAUGGAGUGCCACAGGGAUCAGUUUUAGGGCCUCUGCUUUUCUCCUGAUAUAUCCUUCGCCUUGAAGAUAUUAUCAGGAAUCUGGAAUAAGUUUCCACUGUUAUGUCGAUGAUAUCCAACUUUAUAUUUCUUCUAAACCCAAUGAAAUUUUAAAGUUCUCAAAAUUAGCAGAGCGUAUCAAUUAAAUUAAAAAUGGGAUGGCCAGAGAUUUCCUUUUACUCAAUUCCGACAAAACAGAUGUACUAAUUAUUGGACCAAAACCUCUAAAAUUAAGCCACUGAAAUAUAAAUUGAUUCUCGAUGGAUGUACUACAUAGACUUCUUCUGCUGUUCGAGAUGCAGACACACUCC